AUGGGGUUCGAGACAUCUCCCGAUCGGGAACCCAAGGAUGGGCGCAGUCCAGACUACGACACCGAGGCCAUCCAGCCGGCGAGGCCCUCUGGACGAUCAGCCUGGUUCGGUGGCCCUGGGGUCAGCAUUGGACCUCGCAUCGCGCCCGUGGUUGUGCCUGUCGAUGGCGGGUCCGAAAGCGACCUCAGCAGCAACGAGAUAUUGCUCAAGCAGCGCGAGAUUGAACAAAAUGCUGCCAUCCAGUAUCGUACCUGCAGUUGGCAAAAGACAGCUGCAUUAUUAUUCUCCGAAUACAUCUGCUUAGCUAUCAUGAGCUUCCCCUGGUCAUACAGCAUUCUGGGGUUGGUGCCUGGUAUCAUUCUCACCAUUGUACAAGCCAUGAUCGUACUGUACACUUCGCUGGUCCUAUGGGAAUUCUGUCUGCGUCACCCCGAAGUUCGAGAUGUCUGCGACAUUGGCCAGAUGCUGUUCUGGGGUCAGAAAUGGGCAUGGUGGGCUACCGCGAUUAUGUUCAUCUUAAACAACACAUUUAUUCAAGGUCUACAUAUUCUGGUUGGCGCCAAAUACUUGAACACUAUGGUCGGCGAGAACUCCAGCGUCUCCUGUCAGACCGUCGUAUUCGGAGUUGUGGUGCUUCUAAUAUCCUGGGUCUCUUCGCUGCCACGUACCUUCGACAUGCUCUCUAAGCUUGGCACAGCUUCUGCCAUGUUUACCUUUGUUUCCGUCCUAUUGGCUGCUAUUUUCGCCGCGGUCGAGGCUCAUCCCGCCGGAUACAGUGUCGCUCCCGGCGAAGAUGCGACUACACCAUGGGGUAGCCCGGUUGUUACGGCAAUCCCGCUCGUGGGAACCACCUUCGUCUCUGGACUAAAUGCAUUCCUCAACAUCAGCUAUACAUUCAUCGGUCAAAUUACGCUUCCCUCAUUCAUUGCUGAAAUGAAGGAGCCGAGAGAUUUCCCCAAGGCCUUGUGGGCAUGCACCAUUCUAGAGAUCUUAGUCUUCUCUGUCGUCGGAGCCGUCAUUUACGCUUAUACUGGCAACCAGUAUAUGACGGCACCAGCAUUCGGGUCUCUGGAGCCGCUGUACAAGAAGAUAUCAUUCUCCUUUAUGAUCCCAACCCUAAUCUUCUUGGGAGUAUUGUAUGCCUCUGUCUCGGCUCGGUUCAUCUUCUUCCGCAUUUUCCAGAACUCUCGCCACAAGAACGAGCACACCGUUGUCGGCUGGGGUAGCUGGGCUCUCAUUCUACUGGCCACGUGGAUCGUGGCUUUCCUCAUCGCGAAUGUGAUUCCGUUCUUCUCAUCUCUUUUGUCAUUGAUGUCGUCACUAUUCGACUCUUUCUUCGGUUUUAUUUUCUGGGGCGUAGCAUACUUUAGGAUGCGAAAGGCUGACGGUUCAGUCGCACUGAUGAAUGACCGCUCAUUCCGUGGCUGGUUUGAGGGCAUUCUUAACAUCAUCAUCGUCCUCACCGGUAUUUUCUUCCUUACUGUGGGCACUUAUGCCAGUGUUGAAGGCAUCAUUGAAGAAUUUGAAGCUGGAACAGUGGGAAGUGUCUUUCAAUGUGCAAGCAAUGGCAUUUAA